CGCUUUGUUCCACGUGUAUAAAAAAAUGACCUUUCAUCUGUGCAUUAUAUAUAGCUAUGGAUACAAAAACAACUGCAAUAACUGAUUUGAAGAGAUUCACAAAUUACUGUAACAUAGUUAGUUUACUAUAGUCUUACUGCCUUACUAUAUAAAUUUUAAUGAUUAUUAUUAUUUUCAUCAGAAAUGGAUUGUUUUCAUCGUUUAUAAACACAGAAGUAUUUGCGUGGCAAAGCAGGUUAAGCUACUGUUGAAAGAUUUAAGUUAUUCUGCUUUCAUUAAAUCAAUCAAAAUUGAAUGCUAAGUAUCUUGAGAAUGUAUUUACAUAUAUAAGCACUGGUCUAUUUAAGGCAAUGAUAGCCUGUGACAAAACCAUUUCGAAAGUUUGUUGGGACGAGAAAAUGUAUGGCUCAAGGGAUAUGCUAGCGGUAGACGACGAUGAAUACGUGAAUGAGAUACCGGCAGACGAAGAAGAAAGAACAAAGGAACAAAUAAAGAAGAAGUUAUCUGUUGUGUUUUGUAUCAUAUGUUGCGUUUUAUUUCUGUGUUUACUAACGGUAUUUUUACCAUUAAUCCUGAAUAACAAUACCAAAAAUCUCAUAGAAUGUAGUGAUAUGACAAAGCAGCAGAACCCAGAAGCGCGCGAGUUGUAUCACAUGAUUAAACAGAAAUACGAAGAGCUUCAUCCAUAUUCUGCUUUCGUAAAGAAUAACGACGGAAACCUGGUAAUUCAUCCUUCAUAUUUCAAUUUUACUCCAGAAUUGUACAAAAAGCGAUCUGAAGAAGCAAAUAAAUUGCUUCAAAACCUUGAAAAACUUUCUGCAAAUCUGGAGUUAACAAAAGAAGAAAGUUUAACAAUGGAAAUUUUCAAGCAAUUUCUGAAAAGCACAUUUGGACAUGUAAUGCCGUAUGAGAGCAACUACGAAAUUGGAGAUUGGAUGUUAGGACCAAAUAUCUUUUGCUGGCAAAUUAGUUGCUACAUGCUACCAUCGUUGGAGAGCGAAUUACAUAAAUUUCAUCCACAGACAGUAAAAGACGUUGAGCUCAUGGAAAAUUUAAUGAAAAAAUGUGCCGAAGGGUAUCAACAAAAAAUACGAAAUCUUAAAAAUGGAAUCAAAGCAGGCAUAGUGUUGCCUAAACAAGCGUGUGACGCUGGUUUACAAAACUUUAAACACUUUCAUGUUCACGUUGCCAAACAUGGAAAAAUUGGAAUUUUGAAGGAGGUAAAAACGUUCGAGGGAAGUAUCUUGCUCAAAAUGCAAUUGAAUGAAAAAGAAAAAUGGUGGAAAAAGUACAAAAUAUCAGUUAUGUCACAUCUCAAAAACGUUUUGGUUGAGAACGUUGGAAAAUCAUUGCACGACUAUAUUAGGUUUUUAGAAGACAAUUAUUCAGAGCAUUGUCCACCAAGUGAGCUGGUCAGUGGAUUGGCCUCUUUACCGCUGCCUUAUGUUUAUAAUAAUGGUGUAGCAAACCACAGUGAUGUAACAACGGGAUAUUUACCGGGAGGGAAGAAAUUUAAUGGCAAAAAUGCAUAUUUAGCAUUGCUCUCCCAUUUUACGACAUACAACAUCACGACAUAUGAAGUGAAUCAAAUGGCAGAUGACAAGUUAAAAAGCCUUUUUCCUAAGGUCAAAAUCAUCGCAAAAUCCCUGAUGUCAGAAAAAAAUGUUAGUAAAGCAAUAGAAAAAUUUCGAGUUCAUCUUCAAACACAACAGUUCUUUUAUGAUAAUGGCAAUAAAACAAGAAAAUUGGAACAAACAUAUUUGGAAUGUUAUGAUGAUGCUUCAGCACAGAAACACUGUCCUAGACGAUUUAAGGCGAUGAAUAAAUGGCUCCGUUCUGCUAAACAGAAGUUAAAACGUCUCAAAGAUAAGAUCCAUUUGGCAUUUUACGUGAAAGGAAGAAAAACAGUGAUGCCGUCAUGUAAAGCAACCAUGGCAUUUGCCUACACACCAGCAAAUGCCUUUUACAGUUAUGGAGAAGGAAAUGUCAAAUGCUCUUCUCUCGCUAAAAUCUAUAUUCCAUUUUUCUUGGAAAGACCAGGACCAAAGUAUGAAGAGUUGAGCGUGAUGGCACAUGAAACGUAUCCAGGACAUCAUCUUGAAGUUCAAGGAGUGAAGGAAAAUAUGCCUAUAAAGUGUGACAAGUUACGGCGAUGGGCUUCAAGAAAUACUUAUUUUGCCGCAUUUAGUGAAGGAUGGGCAACCUAUGUCGAAAACAGUGUUGUCGAUCGUGAUAUGAAGAUGUACAUGAAUGAUAUGGAAAGAUAUGGAAUGAUUAAACAUCAGAUCCUCUCAGCUCUACGUGCAAAGGUUGACGUUGGUCUUCAUUACUUUGGAAUGAAACGACAAGAGGCAGUUACUCUUUAUGAAAAAUACGCCCUCGAUAAAGGAGACAUCAUUCAAAAAGAAAUUACCAGAUUACAAAGUAGUCCAGGUCAAGGAACAGCUUACAUGGUCGGCGAAGAUGCUUUUGAACAAUGCAGACAUAAAGCCAAAGUAAAAUUAGGGAAAAAAUUUGACAUCCGGGAAUUUCAUUACCAAAUAUUACGUCAUGGUGAACUACCGUUAACUGAAGUUCGUAAGAAGAUAGAGGAGUACAUAAAAACUGAAGAAGGAAAAUGAGAAAAAAGUUAAAAUGCCAGAAUAAACGACAUUGUUAAGUAAGAUUACAAAACGAGCGACGUACGUUGUCCCGGAUAAAAUAAUUUUUGCAUCACAAUCACCUCUAAAAAUGGACUAUACAUAUGCCAAACACUUACCUUGAAAGAAUCAGUAUUUAUUUUUAAAAGAGAAACAAUAGACUAGGAAACGGUAAAUGUGAGCACAUGUUCAGUAAAUUCAUCAGAUGAACAAUGUAUAAAAUACUGUUUUUAAGCAUGUUUUUUCAGAAAACCACGCCCAGGAAUGUCGUUGCGCAGGUAUAGAGAAAGAUCACUUAGCAAUGGGAAACUCGUGCACUAGGAUUGUACAAAAAACAUGCUAGACACGUGCAGGGCAAUGUGGGAAAUCAAACUACACAAAAAAUCUCUUUGGUUAACACGAUUUUUUAUGAUAAUGAAUAACACGGUCAGAUAAUACGUAUCUCACGAGCACACAUUGAGAGUAGGUUUCUUUAAACUAUGGCUUUUUUAUAUUAUUUCAAUGAGGUUAUACAUAAGGAAAAGCCAUUCAAUUUUUGCUUAACUAAUAAUGCAAGCGGAACUUUGAAGAAACUCUGUUUUGUCAGUAACCUUCUCAAAUAAUACAAUCAUAAAAAUGGCUUACAUAAAUUAGUAUAUGGUGUAAAUCAUCAGUAUAUUACGAUGGCAAAAAUGUAUUUUUUCACAAUAUUAUAAGUUAUUUACUUUUUUAAAUGUUUACGCGUUUUCAAUCAAACGAUGCUUAUGCGUGAAUGAAAAUGUAUAAUUUUUCUCGUUAGUGACGUAAAGUGACAAGUAUAUGUAAGUAUGUGUAUAUUAUAUUGGUUUUUGAUGCUGCAAUAAAAUUAUUCAAUAAAUAAAA